AUGGUGAGGGUUGGUGAAGCAUUGAGUGUAUCAACCUCAUCAUGUUCAUCGCUCUACGAUAGUGAAAUUGAAGAGCUUCAAAAGAUGCCACUAGAACCACCAAAGCCCAAGAAACGUCUCUCGAAGCAACUCUCAAUGUUGGAGACCAAAAGAGACAUCGCAUGGGAGCGUCGACGUCGCCAAAUGCUACAUCAUCACCUCGAGAGGAAGCAAAUAAACGAAGAAGGAGGAGAUAUUGACUUAACGGACGAGGACUUGAGUGAGCUCAAAGGUUCCAUUGAGUUAGGGUUUGGGUUUAACGAGGAGCAAGGGCAACAACUUACAACCACGUUGCCUGCGUUAGACCUUUACUUCGCUGUGACACGUCAGGUCUCGCCGGUUUCCACACCAGGAAGCAGUAGUGGAUCUUCAUCCUCUCGGCUUACUUCUCUUGGAGACCAUUCCUUUUCUUUUGGUAGUGCUAUAAGCGACUCUGAUGGAUUGAAAGUUAUGUCUCCAGGAGAUAAUCCCCAGCAGAUUAAAACAAGGCUGAGGCAUUGGGCACAAGCUGUGGCAUGUUCUGUGAUACAACAUAAUUAA